AUGGUUGUUCCUAGAAGGAAGCCGUCCCGCAAGGGGUCUAUGGCUGAUGUGCCCAAGAGUCUUCUCGAAGCUAUUGCCGAUCUGGAGAAGCUAUUCAUCGUCGACCAAGACAAACUCAAGCAGAUUACCGAUCACUUCAUUGGUGAACUCGAGAAAGGCCUCGACCAUGAGGGCGCCAACAUCCCGAUGAAUCCGACGUGGGUCAUGGGCUUUCCAACUGGGGACGAACAAGGCACUUUUUUAGCAUUGGACAUGGGUGGAACCAAUCUGCGCGUCUGCGAGAUCAUGCUUCCGGAAGAGAAAGGAGAGUUUGAUAUCAUCCAGUCAAAGUACAGGAUGCCAGAAGAGUUGAAAACCGGCAAUGCCGAGGAGUUGUGGGAAUACGUUGCCGAUUGUUUACAGCAGUUUAUUGAGUACCACCAUGAGGAUGAAGACCUUGGUGCCCUACCCCUUGGGUUCACCUUCUCCUAUCCCGCAACUCAAGAUUACAUUGAUCACGGUGUGUUACAGAGAUGGACAAAAGGCUUCGAUAUCGAUGGUGUUGAAGGACACGACGUAGUAGAGCAGUUCGAAGCCGUCCUUAAGAAGAGAAACCUUCCCAUUACAGUUGCUGCUCUGGUGAACGACACCAUUGGUACACUUAUCGCAUCCGCCUACACAGAUCCGGCCAUGAAAAUUGGCUGCAUCUUCGGCACUGGCUGCAACUCAGCCUACAUGGAGAAUUGUGGUUCAAUUCCCAAACUCAAGCAUCUCAACCUCCCCGAAGACACGCCCAUGGCUAUCAAUUGUGAAUACGGCGCCUUUGAUAAUGAACACGUGGUCCUACCUCGGACACCCUACGAUGUCACGAUCGACGAAAACUCACCCCGUCCCGGUCAGCAAGCCUUCGAAAAGAUGAUCGCCGGUUUGUACCUGGGCGAGAUCUUCCGCCUUGUCCUGGUCGAUCUGCAUGAGAACAAAAACCUCAUCUUCGAAAAACAGGACAUCUCCAAGCUCAAGAAACCAUACACCUUGGACGCCUCCUUCCUCUCCCUUAUCGAAGAAGAUCCCUUCGAAAACUUGUCCGAGACCCGUGAUCUUUUCGAAUCUAUGCUCAACAUUCAAGCCACCAAACCCGAAUGUGAACUCGCCCGUCGUCUCGCAGAACUCAUCGGUACCCGAGCUGCUCGCCUCUCCGCCUGCGGUGUAGCUGCCAUCUGUAGGAAGAAGAACAUUGAGUCAUGCCACGUAGGGGCAGAUGGAUCCGUCUUCAACAAGUAUCCCCACUUCAAGGCCAGAGGUGCCCAGGCGCUAAGGGAGAUCUUGGAUUGGCCGAAAGGGAAGCGAGAUCCCAUUGUGUUGAGCAGUUCGGAGGAUGGGAGUGGUGUGGGGGCAGCGUUAAUAGCAGCUUUGACCAUCAAGAGGGUGAAACAGGGCAAUACGGUGGGAGUCAGGGACCCGGAACAUUAUGAGAAAUGCAUGGGUUGA